CAACUCCCAAGUGCCGUGUCAAGGUCGCUCUGCAGGGAAAACGCUGUUCGCGCGGCCAGCAUUCAGUUCGUGGACAAAGUUUGUGAUUCACACCAAGAACACUCGCGUUUCUCAUUCAGAGGAAGACGGUUACAAGCAGAAGGAAGACGUAGUUCUCUAGCAUAUCCACUCAGAAUAUCCACCAUGCUGAGUCGCCUGCAACCAGUUACUAUUGCUGCCAAACGAAUGGUGAGUACUUCUGUCACCAAGUCUACACUUGCAGCACCAGCUGUGGGACCAACCAAGUUGGGAACUAGAUCUCAGGCAGUAUUUGAUCGAGAGGAUAGAUAUGGAGCUCACAACUAUCACCCACUCCCCGUGGCCUUGAACAAAGGACAAGGUGUAUUUGUGUGGGAUGUGGAAGGAAACCGAUACUAUGACUUCCUGAGUGCUUACAGUGCCUGUAAUCAGGGUCAUUGUCACCCCAAGAUCAUAGCAGCACUGAAGAAACAGUCCGAAAUCCUUACACUCUCAUCCCGAGCUUUCUACAACAAUGUUCUUGGAGAGUAUGAAGAGUACAUAACAGAGCUCUUCAAGUACGAUAAAGUGCUUCCGAUGAACACAGGUGUGGAAGGAGGAGAAACAGCCUGCAAACUGGCUCGCAAGUGGGCUUACAAAGUGAAGAAAAUUCCAGAGAAUCAAGCAAAGAUCGUCUUUGUAGAGGGAAAUUUCUGGGGGCGCACCCUAGCAGCUAUUUCCAGUUCUACAGAUCCCUCUAGCUAUGGAGGGUAUGGACCCUACAUGCCAGGAUUCGAUAUCAUUCCUUACAAUGAUGUACCUGCUCUUGAGAAAAAGCUGCAAGAUCCUCAUGUGUGUGCCUUCAUGUUCGAACCCAUUCAAGGAGAAGCUGGGGUGGUGGUUCCUGACAAAGGUUAUCUGCAGAAGGUUCGGGAAUUGUGUACCAAGAACAAUGUCCUCAUGAUUGCAGAUGAAGUUCAGACAGGCCUUUGCAGAACUGGCAGAUUGCUGGCUUGUGACCAUGAGAAUGUGCGGCCAGACCUGGUCAUCCUUGGCAAGGCUUUGUCAGGAGGAGUUAUGCCAGUGUCUGCUGUUCUGGCAGACGAUGAGGUGAUGCUGACCAUCCUUCCAGGUGAACAUGGUUCUACCUUUGGUGGCAACCCCCUGGCAUGCAAAGUUGCCAUAGCUGCCUUAGAGGUGCUGAUGGAAGAGAAACUAGCAGAGAAUGCAGACCAAAUGGGGCACAUUCUUCGGCAGGAGUUGGAGAAACUACCAAAAGAUGUGGUUAGCGUGGUCAGGGGCAAGGGCUUGCUCAAUGAAAUCAUUGUUAUCAAUACAGAAUAUGAUGCUUGGGAUGUUUGUCUGAAGUUGCGAGACAAUGGACUUCUUGCCAAACCCACUCAUGGAGACAUUAUCCGCUUUGCCCCACCUCUUGUCAUCUCCAAAACCCAAAUGGAGGAGUGCAUUGAUAUCAUCUCUGGUACUGUACUAGGUCUGAAGAACUUGAAAUAAUUAUUUUUAAAAAAGAAAACGAGGACUAUUUCAUGUUGAGUAAAAUUUAAACUUUUUGGGAACAAUAUUGAUGAAGGCAGUCUGUGCUUUUCUCAAUUCUUCCUAUAUAUUUUUUAUAAGAUUUCAUAUUUUACCUUAAUGCAUUCGAGUUCAGUAUGUUUCUAACCUGGAAUUUUGGAGAAUACAGGUUGUAGAAAGAAAAAACUUUUUCAUUUGAUCAUAAACAGUAAUGGGCUAUGGAUAUAUCAUUUUUGGUGUUUAGUCAAACUAUUUCCAUACAGUAGAUUUAAACUAAGACAUGUAAAACGAAAAAUGGAAUACACAGUUUGCUUUUAGAAGUACAUUUGUUACUUCAUACAUUUGACAAUGUUUGGUUACAGAUAAUUGAUAGCAUAUUGUGUUCAUACAUUUUGCAAAUUCUUUGUUGAUAUAUUUAUAUGUUUCACUUUUGACCAGAUGUCAUUAAAGUUGACAUUACCAGCAAAGAGGAUAUAAACUGAUAAUGAUCUUUGUAUUUUUUGUAUUUGGGGUUUUCGUAUUUACAGACUUGAAAGUUGGUCAGUAAUGGAAAUGCUGCUAUUUACUGGAUAAGUAGUGGCUCUUUUAUAUAUAUAUUUCCCAUGACCCAAGCCUGCCUUUUUUUUUUUUUUUUUUCAGUCACAAGGUUUUUUGGGGGUUGUGCUAUAAUUUGCAACCUUUGAUCUGCAAUGACUUUGUUUUAAGAUUUUAGGUGAUAUAUUUUUGCAUGCUUGCAAAUAUCUUUAUAUCUGUUGUAUGUUGCAAUUUCUUUUGAGUUCAACUUGUUAUAUAAGCACAAUGAGAGCAGAUCUGACUUUUGUAUCAGUUGGGGAAAGAGGUAAAUUUGAAAUGAAUGUUUGAAGUGAUUUUUUUUUUCUUGUUUGGGUUGGCUUCAGUAGUGGCAGUACCCAUUUCAUUUUUUUUUUCAGAAGGGGAGCCUUUUUUGUAUCUAUUCUUAAACUUUGAAGAUGACAUGAAAGACAAAAAAAGGUGCAUCUUUCUGGCAACAUAUAACAAAAGAAUAUUGUGUAAAAGGAAAAUACUUGAAUUUAUCCCUUAUAGUGUUUACCUUUUCAUUGAUUUUUGAGAUAAUGUUUGAGUUCCCAGAUCCACUAGGUUUUGAAUCUCAGUGUUUUCACUGUCACAAUUCCAUUGCUAUUAUUGGAAGGCAGUCUGAAACGGGUAUUGGAAUUUUGCCCUAGGCUGUCAGAGUUGAACUGAAAUGUCAGCAGAUUUUAUUAAUGGAAGAAUGCAGUCUUUCUGUGUUCCAAACUGUACAAGUUACUGUUUAAAAUGCAAUUAUUUGUAAACCAUAUAAGGUUAUAAACAAAUCUGCCUUUGAAAACUAUGAUAUUUGUGUUUUGAAGCUCGCUGUUUUCCAUGGGACUACAUUUUAUAGGCUUUUAUCAUUUAAAAAUUGUAUCCCAUUGGACAGCAAAAGUAUAAGAAUUUAUGAACUUACAAAAAUGUUUUUUUAGUUUCUCAUCACAUUAUCUUCAUUAGUGCUAUCAGUAUUAGUAUUAUAAUACUGAUCAGUAUUAUUAUAUAUAUAUUGUAAUAUACUGAUCAGUAUUAUAUUUGUUCGUCUAUUAACUUUGUCAUAAUUAUUGUAGUAGAUGCCUGCACUGUUUGUUAUUGCUAGUCUAUUUAAUGCAUUUUCAUAUAAAUUCUACGGAUAGCUGUCAGUGAUUGAAAGUACACUUAUUGCUGUUUUGGUAGUUUUAUUCUCAAACAGUGUUUGUAAGUGUACCAUUUUCUGAUCGUAUGCACUUUUUCUGCAAAUUACCAGCAACACUUCCAUUCCAGAAAAAAAUGUGUUAUUAAACUGCACAUGUGAGAAAGUAUGAAAAGAGGCUGCUUGAUCAUUGAUUAUAUCUGACCUGCAGUCUAUCACUGAGAAAGGUUACUUUAUUCCUCAAUUGCACAGACCAAUUAUCUCUUAAUUUUGUUUCUUUAGAAACGUUUGGUGCCCUAAAUCUGUUAGAUUUUUUAAAACCCAUUUUUCCACUUGAGGGACUUGUCUUCAUUUGACAUGUGAUGUCUGGUUUGACAAAAAUGUUUUGUGGUAAGAUUCAUGAUCUCACAUGGCCUGCUUCAUACUCAUCAGCUACCUACCUCCCAUUUUUCCGAUAGUCCAAGGUUUUUGUGCUUUGGUAGGGUGAAUGGAGGUGGGUUACUCUGCACAAACCAUAGUAAGGGAUCUAGGUACCACCUAAGGCACCAAGUAUCUAAUCCGAAAAAUUGUAUUGUUUUAAUUUUUGCUAGAUUCUGCAUCUUGUCUUUUGCGUUUUGUAGCCUGCUUUCUUUAAUAUUUCAUGUUCUCUUAAAUAUCCAAUGAAACCUUUUCAGAGAUUAAAUAAAUGAAUUUGAUAUUGUGUGCACAUGCUUUGAUUGUAGAAUGCAGAGGAAACAAAUAUAAAUUCAAAAAAAUACACAGAAAUGAAGAGCACGUCACCAA